CUGCUGGGAGAGGGGCGUAGAAAGGAGGCCAUAUUGUACAGUUAAAUUGAAAGAAAAGCAAAAAAACAAUUUAUUGUAUUGCAAUCGUGAUACUCGUGUAAAAUCACUGUAACCCACGGUAUUAAAUACCGAUACGUGCAUGUGUACGUUAUUUUUGUAACAUCAAAUAUCCGUUGCUAUCAAUCCCGCACUUCCAAAAAAAAAAUAAUAAUUCAGUGAAGGAACAAAGUGUUUGUAGACCCCGAAGAAAGAAGACAGAGACAGAAAUAUCGAAAGAAAGAGGAAAAAAAAUCUCGGAGCGGACGUUGGUGUUGGAGAAGUUGACAAGGAGAGAAAGAGAGGAAUAGUCGAGGAAAAUAAGGGGAGUGAGACCGACACCGAGUGCCCAAAACGUUUUCUUUCUCGUUCACAAGACCACAGUACUUAAUUGUACAUAAAUACGUGAUUACACUGAGUUUGCACGCUAAAAGUUAAAAUCCGGUCAUUUUUUUUUGGUUCGUCAUCAGUCGAGAGCUUGUUUUCAUCAGUGACAAGAGAUGGGCACUCGAGACGAUGAGUACGAUUAUUUAUUUAAAGUGGUCCUCAUUGGAGACUCCGGUGUAGGUAAGAGUAAUCUCCUGUCGAGAUUCACUCGUAAUGAAUUCAAUUUGGAGUCCAAGUCUACCAUUGGCGUGGAGUUUGCAACACGCAGUAUACAGGUAGAUGGAAAGACAAUUAAGGCCCAAAUAUGGGAUACUGCUGGACAAGAACGUUAUCGAGCUAUUACCUCUGCAUAUUAUCGAGGAGCUGUUGGUGCACUCUUGGUCUACGACAUAGCAAAACACUUGACGUAUGAGAAUGUAGAGCGAUGGCUGAGGGAAUUGCGAGAUCAUGCUGAUCAGAAUAUUGUUAUCAUGCUUGUCGGUAACAAGUCCGACUUGAGGCAUCUACGUGCAGUGCCAACUGACGAGGCCAAAGCAUUCGCCGAAAAGAAUGGCCUCUCCUUCAUUGAGACAUCGGCACUUGACUCCACCAACGUUGAGACGGCCUUCCAAAAUAUACUAACCGAGAUUUACAGAAUCGUAUCGCAGAAACAGAUAAGGGACCCACCGGAGGGCGAUACAAUCAGGGCACAAAAUGUUGAACCCAUCGAUGUUAAACCAACAAUGAGCUCCGAUGGAAUGCGCAAGCAAUGCUGCCAGUGACUCGCCGCACUGCUUACCACAAGCAGUAAAAUGGGGGGAGAUUGCAAGAAAGUGAUGGCUGGUGAUAGAUACUGCAGGUGCGUAACAGUACGAGAACUAAGACUAUGUGUGCGGGCCUGUACUCUCGUAUACUAGGAGGAUUCAGUUUUAUUUUUGUUUAAUUAAAUAAUUUUUCUUCGCCUGAAUUUCAAACAUCCGGGGGAUGGCUGCGGACUUGUCGAUGAAAUGAGGACACGAAAUACCCAAGUUAAAAAAAAAGAAAACCAAAAGUAAAUAAAAUCAUUAAAUUCAUGGACACAUUCCCAAAAAUCAUGCAAACGAACUAAUGCAUAAGUCGACAUCUUGAGUAAAACAGAAUAAUAAAACGAUCCCAGAAGAUCACUUGUUAACACGUACUUUCAUCCAGUGUCCAUAGAGAUAUUAAUGAUUAAAAAUGUUUUUAAUACCCUCGCAUUCUCCCCAGAACUCUCAACAUUCUGUACAUGAAUAUGUACACGAGAAAUUAAAUCACGUAUACAUACUUCAUGCAUGCAGACUCACACACAUAGAACACAGCAAGCGUACACGACAUCAACAUGAAGGAUGAGAGACAAAAAAUUGAAAAAAAAAAUUGAUAAAAAUAAACACUGAAAAUACACAAACACAUGAAUAUAUUACGUUAUGGUAAUUAAAUGUUGUAUUACCGCUUCUUUGUAAUACAUAUACAAUUAUUCUUCUCUACGCAUAGUGUGACCGUGACUUAUAUAAGCGAAUUUGUAAUAAUAUAUUUACGGAAUUAAAAGAAAACAAAAUUGGAAUAAUAAAAAAUGGGGGGGCGUCAACAGAAAGUGCAUGAAGCAAAGGAGUAAUAGCAGUGGAGGGGGAUAAUACUGAAAUACGAAGAAAUAAUUGAAGUAAUAAAUGUGUAUAUUGCAGGAAGUAAUAGAAAACAAACGAAGAGGGUUUGAGAAAUGGUAAAUUUCAUUGAUUAAAUAAACUCUGAAUAACAAGAACAAAAAAACCCGACCGUGUUGCUCAUUGUCCGUCGCGCUCUCACGUAGUUUGUUUUUAAAAAAAUUAAGAAAAUGGAAAAAAAACAUUAAAGAUACUUCGUAUAUGUUAUAGGCACCAUGCUAUCGUGCUUUUGAAUCACAUUGUUUUUAUUACGAGAGGCUUUUCUUGUCAAGAGCUGUGCGAAGGAGUCACGAGUAUGGAAAAGAUAAAAUUAAUAAUAAAUGAUGAAAAAAUAAAAUAUAUUAAUAGUUCUUUAACAAUUUGUCCUUAACGAAAAAAAAUGGUGAAACAAACCAGUGGCCACAGGGGAUAUUAUUUUGAUUACAAAAUUAUUUUCACUUUAUUAACAAAAUUGGAUGAUUGAGGAGGAAAAUUUAUCAUUAAUUAAUCUUAAGAAAUUGAAAUUAACUGAAUUAACAGAGUUAGGCAUCGACAGUCUUAAUGGAAUUUGUGAAUGAAUUAUUUAGCUUCCGAACAGUGCGCGAGAGAUUACAAUAUGAGAGUUCAUAAGUAGGAUAAUACUUCGGGAAAUCAAACCACAUGGAGUGUUAACGAGAAAAAUUCAAGAUAAAUUCAAUACCACAUUAUGCGUAAUCCUCUAACUUGUAUCUAAUCCAUCAUUAUAAUUUCUUUAUAGUCUUCGAGGAUGAAAUAUUUUUUCUUUCUGUAAUACGUACGAUAGAGUAGAUGGAGGAGACUGUGGCUAUAAACGAAAGAAAAGAAGAUAUUGAACA